UUUCAGCUGCACUGCUGAAAAGAACAGACCACUAUAUGUUGAUGGUGCGGAGCGAAGGUGUGUUCGAUUCUACCGGUCCUAAGUAAUCCUACUUUGUACUAUCAUAAGGACAUUUGCAGCUAAUUCAAAAUGAUUAACACGUUCCGCUUGGUAUUUCGGCAGAGAUUUCCUCAUCUUCGUCAGUUUCACAAAUGUGUACUUCAGCAAACAGAAGCAAGCGCAGUGGCAACGAGUUCAGUGCAAACAGCACCACUGUCAAAUGUCGACAACUUGGUUAAUCCGAAAAUUGAUAAAAUAGCUAAUGACAUCACUGCUCUCAAUUUAAUAGAAGUAGCAGAACUCAGUGAUCUGUUAAAGAAGCGAUUAAAUCUUCCAGAUGCACCUGUUAUGCCCAUGGGAGGAUUUGCAGCUAUGCCAGUAGUUGAGGAAUCGGAAGAAGAAAUGCCAAAAAAGGUACAAACUUCGUUUACUGUCAAAUUACUAGCGUUUGAUGAUAAACAGAAGAUAGCCUUGAUCAAAGAAGUGAAGAAUCUGUUGCCAGAUACAAAUCUUGUCCAGGCUAAAAAGUUUGUUGAAAGUGCUCCUACAAUAGUGCAAGCUGAUCUGGCAAAAGAAGAAGCAGAGAAAUUAAGAGAUGCUCUUGUAAAGGUUGGUGCCACAAUUGAAAUUGUAUAAUUUGUACUUGCAAAUAUAUAUAUAUAUAUAUAUA